UCUCGGUGGACGUCAGUACUCAGGCAAUGGAGUUCAGAGGAGGUUCUGUCCUGGGGACCAUCCAGGAGGCUCACAGUACACAGGACACACUAUCCGGCUACACACACGCCCACAACACCCCAGAGACACCUAAGCCUGUGUUUACCAUCAGUCACUCAGCUGCUGGGUGGGAAGAUGGCGGGGGACUCAGAAAACCUUCCCGGGAGGAGGUACAACAUGAUAAACCUAAUCUAAGAGAAGGCAGCGAGUGUUGGGGAGCGCGCCACACCUUAACACUGAUGACGUUCCUCUGCCUGACGCUACAAUACUCCACGCGGGUAAACUUGUCCAUAGCCAUCGUAGCUAUGGUGGGGCCGACCUCAAACAACGGCACCAACGAGACACUCCCUGACACCUGCCCCGCGCCAGAUGAUGACGGAGACUCCGGUGGCAUCGACGUGCAAGGAGAGUUCAACUGGGAUGAACAGACUCAAGGGCUGGUGUUGGGAGCCUUCUACUGGGGUUACGCCACUACUAACUUUGUGGGCGGACGGGCGGCGGAGUAUUUGGGAGGCCGCCUGGUGUUGGGUAUGAGUUUGUUGCUCUCCUCACUCCUCACCCUCUUCAACCCUCUCUGUGCCUCCCUCUCGAAGGAACUCUUCAUUGCUAUUAGGAUCGUACAAGGCAUAGUGCAGGGAGUGACGUAUCCUUCUCUCGGCCUUCUGGUAGUCUCCUGGAUACCCCCCAAGGAGAAGGCCAUACUCGCCUCCAUCGUGUACACAGGGUCGCAGGCGGGCGCUGUGUUGCCACUUGCAGCAGGUGGGUGGCUGUGUAACUCUGGGUUCCUAGGUGGGUGGCCAUCACUGUUCUAUGUGUUUGGUGGUCUGGGGCUCGUGUGUACCGUCUUCUGGUUCCUGCUGGUGCACAACUCCCCUAGCACACACCCUAGGAUCUCCCCAGCUGAACUGAGAUACAUCCAGUCAAGCCAAAGUUCAUUCAAGACAUCGAAGUUAGAGGUAAUACCAUGGAAGGCGAUCAUUAACUCAAGACCCAUGUGGGCGGCGUCAGUGAUCGCUUUGGGGACAAACUUCUCCUUCUUUGUCCUACUGAGCGAGAUGCCGACCUACUUCAGCAACAUACAACACCUGGAUAUAUACAGUAACGGGAUGGUGUCUGCUCUACCUUAUUUUAUAUACUGGGUCUUUAGUAUUGUGUGGGGCAUCUUUAUGGGCAUUCUUACGCAGAGGGGGCUGCUCUCUGUGACCUGGGUGAGGAAGAUCUCUACUAAUGUAGCAAUUUUCGUCUCAUCAGCUGCGUUAGUUGGUCUAUGUUUCGUGAACUGUGAUUCUACCCUGGCGAUGGCAGCGCUCUGUGUGUCGGUGGGUUCCUGUGGUGCGUCAUACAGCGGUUCUUCCCUCACCGAACAAGACAUCGGCCCCAGCCUUGUCGGUACUUUAGUGGGUAUCAACAACACCCUAACAUCCAUCACAGGUUUUUUGGCUCCCAUCAUCACUGGAAUCAUCAUCAAUGGUCAUCAAACACUCACCAGGUGGAAGAUUGUGUUCAUUGUUACAAUCAUCGUUAAUGUCUCAACCAACAUCUUCUAUAACUUCUUCAUGUCAGCAGAUGUUCAGCCCUGGAAUAACCCGCCAACACGUCUACACACUAUCUGAAUCUUCCAAGGACACACUGGGAGAGGAUCAAGACACAAUCAACCCAUGAAUAACAGGAGUUUGCUAAGUUUCUCGUCUCCUCUCAUCACCAACUGGCCCUCUCAUCACCAACUGGCCCUCUCAUCACCUGAGCUCCAACAAACACUCUUGCUUCACUCCGCUAACAAUAACAAAUUACUCGUGUUUGUUCUCUAACAGGAUAUUCAUACGUUAUCUACUGUGCAUUCUUCUGUUGUCAGGAUAUUCUUUCAAGUUAUCAUGCCUCUAAAACCCAUACGUAGGAUUCUUAAAAAAAUAAAUAAAAAUAAAAAAAAU